AACCGCAGACUUGGCAACCCUGACUGUUCAGAGCCAAACACAGAUCGGGUGAAAGUUAAAAUUAAAGUGCAUCAGAUCCGGGUGAGUUUCUGCAGACACUCGAACACCGCAGUCUGUCACAGGAUGCGUUACUGCAGCACGCGUGCUGGCGUUCAGGGCCGCAGCUUCAGAGACGUGCUGUUCUCUGGAUACGCUCCAGACGGGGGCAUGUUCAUGCCAGAGAGCGUCCCGUCGCUGUCCGCUGAGACGCUGCGGCUCUGGAGGCGUCUGUCCUACCAGCAGCUGCUGUGUGAGAUCUGCUGCCUCUACAUCCCUGAGCAGGAGAUCCCGCGACACCAUCUGCAGGGGCUCAUUUCACAAGCGCUGUCGAGCUUCUCCAUACCAGAUGCGGUGCGACUGGUUCAGCUGAAGGACUCUCUGUCCAUCCUGGAACUGUUCCAUGGAGAAACUCUGGCGUUUAAGGAUCUGGCCAUGUCCUGCACCGCUCAGUUCCUGCAGUACUUCCUGCGCAAAGACCGCAAACGGGCCACAAUACUUGUAGGAACAUCCGGCGACACGGGCGGCUCGGCCAUCAGAAGUGUGUUCGGUCUGAGUGAAGUGGACAUCGUGGUGGUGUUUCCUCACGGACGCGUCACCAGAGUACAAGAGCUACAGAUGACCACCAGCAUAGCGGACAACGUCCAUGUGUUUGCAGCGGACGGGACUUCCGAUGAUAUUGACGUCCCGCUGAGGAAACUGUUUGCAGACGCGGACCUGGUGCACCGUCAUGGUCUCAUGAGUCUGAACUCUGUCAACUGGUGCAGGAUCCUGGUGCAGACGGCUCACUUCCUGUUCGCUUACCUUCAGCUCAGUGCGCCACAGGCCGAAGGAGAUGCGCUGCCUGUGCUGGAGGUGCUGGUGCCCACGGGAGGAGCGGGAAACAUCACCGCUGGAUGCAUCAUGAAGCUGAUGGGAAUCCCUCUCCGCCUCGUCGCCAUGGUGAACGCCAAUGACAUCGUUCACCGUGCGGUCCAGAGCGGAGAUUUCUCCAUGUCAAACUCCGUCAAGCAAACUCUGGCUCCGGCCAUCGACAUCCAGGACCCGUAUAACAUGGAGCGUGUGUUCUGGCUGCUGUCUGGUCGAGAUGGCGUGAUGGUGAAGAAUUUGAUGGAGGAGUUUCAGAGGACGCACAAACUCACUCUUCCUGAGUCACUUCAUCAGCAGUUGUGCGAAGUGUUGUCGUCCGGGUCGGUGUCUGAUGACGGGAUACUGGAGACCAUGCGGAGAUGCUGGCAGGACAAUCACUAUCUCAUUUGUCCUCAUACCGCUGUGGCCGUGUGGCGCCACUAUCAGAGUCCCAUCACACCAGGAGAAAACAGAUGUUGCAUAGCGACCGCAUCCCCAGCCAAGUUUCAGGAGGCCGUGCAGAAGGCCGGUUUGACCCUUGACCUCCCUAAAGCAGUGCAGGCGUUAGACAUGCUGGAGACGCGUUAUGAAGUUCUGGAGCAGUCGGACGACUGGGAGUCCAAACUGAGACACCACAUAGAGUCCAUCGGCUCAGUGAGGCGAUGUGGAGAGACGGCCGAGACCAGAGACUGACAUGAAGAUUAAAAUGCUGCUAUAUCAGAUUUUGUUUUUAAAGAUUCACAGCAGUUUUUUUAAUAAUGAAUGUUGUGUGGAUAAACUGCUCUGUCAUGAGAAUCUAGUGGUGUAAUUUUGUUGUAUGCUUGGAGGCCAGGUUCAAAUCCUGAUAUAAUAUACAUUUUUAAAUGAACCAAGCGAAAUUGCAAAUGAACUCUAGAGACUCUAGAGUUAUUGAGAUCGGCCUGCAUUUUCAUAUAUAGAGCAGAAUCAGCUUUUUAAUUACACUGUUUGUGUUUCAUAGGAAAAACCAAUGCUCAAAUACAAAUAACUAUUAUUAUUUAUAAUAAGCCUUUACUUAACUUUUCACUGUAAGAAUUACUGCACUGUCUUCAGACCCAAUUAUAUACCGAAUUAUCAAUCGAAGUGAGAACAUUCAUUAUUAACACCUUUACUGUCACUAUUCCAGAAUAUUACGAAUAAGUCCUUCAUUGAUAUUGUCUUGCAUACAAACAGAUGAAUUUAAACCAUCAGCGUUGACUAAACUGCACUUUAUCACUGUGUUUCGUGAAUUAACAAAAACCUGACGAAGAAAUUAAUGUAUAACACAAAUCUCUUUAAAUGCUAAAGCUUUUUGGUUGUGCUGUUCUAAACAUUAUUUUGUAAAUUUUGGACAGAUUUCCCCAAACACCUGCAUACAAAAACUUGUUUCAGCUCAAAUCACAGAGGUUUAAAUGAUUAUUCAAAACAGCAAAAUUCACAGAAACCAGUGACUAUACAAUAAUCAUGGAACUUGAUUAUCAAAUGUAAAAAUAUGUAUUUUUUGUCUUUUGGAAGUUGCAUUCAAAACUCAAAUAUCUGAGUGGGACGUGCCUCCAAAUAGACUGUAGACUGUAAGUCUUUGUAUAUGUCAGUAUUUUUAAUUGUCCUGAAUAAACAGAAUCUCACUUUGAA